UCGUACUGUGAUGACGCCAUGACAGAUUUAAGCUAGCGGGAGCAGAAAAUGGAUGGUCCUUGUCCGCGUAGCCGACUCUACAUGCUUUGCGAGACGCACUUUCCUGAGGGACUCUGACCUGAAAUGUCCCUAUUUUCUUUGAAGACAAUUUAAAACAUCAAUGAACCGGUUGUCCGGUUUUAAUUCUGCUACAUAGCCAGUAAGUUGUACUCGCAAACAUCAGUUAGCCGACAGAGGCUAACACGACGCCUAAUAUUUCUGUAGUCAUCACUACAAAAGAGCGGCUGAGUCGAUAGGGGCUCUUUGCAGAGAAAGGCAUGGCCUGGUUUUGAUUGGAAGCUGCAGGCUGCAGGUGAUGGCAGAAGGCAGCGGUGCAGACGAAAUGCACUCCUUUGACCCGUGUCAUAGCUCUGAAGCAAAAAAGAGACAUAUUUCUACUAAUGGCGGAGAAGAGCCCAUGAGCAAGAUGGCCAUGUCAAAGUUUGGUUCGCGGCCUCGAUUUGAGCCCGUACAAUUUGUUAGCGGUGGCAGCAGCAGCACUAUUUGCACCGGUGGGGCAGCAAGUGGCGCUGAUGAGAAGGAGAACGAUAAGGAGCCCAGAAGGAGGGAGUCGUAUGCUGGUCGAUACAGGGAAUAUGAACAGGCUUCCUACAGUGCCACUGGCAGAGCACCGAGCACCUCCUCCCUCAGGCCUGCUUUUGACUCUUGGGCUUCCCGUAGAGAUCGAGACCGGGACAGAAAUCAGGUUCCUUCCUGCGGUCCAGUCAGCUUGGACUACGGUGGCCGAGGCUACUCAUCAAACUUUAUGGCUAAAGUACAACAAGCCUAUACGAACAAGUAUGAGACCUACAGCUCUCGCAACACAGAUUUCUACUCGCAGCCUUAUCGGCACAAUGGAUAUGGAGGAGGGAAUAGAUCAGGCGGCUGGGACUGUGGACGUCAGGGUUUGGGGUACAGUCACCAGGAUCGCCCUUAUAACCGAGCGUACAGCGGCCCUGCCACCUCUCAGCCGGGGGCUUUGUCACAGCCUCUCCCUAUCAACCAGGCCACGCUAGUGGAGAAGCAGAGGCUCGUCGCCAAUUUGGCGUCCGCGUUGGCGGCCUCUUUUUGGGACCCUCAGUACACAACUGGGACAGAGGCUCCAAAUUACAGUUUCAUGUUGAGUCGCAGUAUCCAGGCCUGCAAGACCAACCCUCAGUACAUUUACGUCAACCUGAAGGAUAUCCCUCAUGCCGAUCUACCCAAGAACCGCAAAGUGCCGGCAGAUGGCUAUGCUUGUGAGCUGAGGUGUCAGGGAGUCUAUCUCGCCACGGGAUACUCGGGCAGUAAAAAUGGCGCGAGGGACCGCGCCUCCGAGAAUGCCGUCAAACUCUUCAUGAAGCCCGUCGAAGUGCGCUUGGUGCCACGCAAGUACAGGCACACAAUGCUCAAUGACAUUGUGGUGUGCCAGAUGAACUGCCCCGCCCCCAGCUUAACGCCUGCUCUUUGGAACCCCGAGAACAUUGGCUAUCCCAGCUUUAAGGGACCCUAUGAGCCUGACAUGCGCAAGCACUGGACUGAGUUUGUAGUCAUGGACAAUGCCCAAGACGCCAUCUGCAUUCUCAACAAUUCCGCCGCUUUCAGUCACAUGAAGGUGGACUACAAGUUCGAGCUGCUGCCCAACGGCUCCUGGCUGUGCAGCGUCUACGUGCAGGAUGAAAUGGUGGCGCAGGCCAGUGGCACCAAGAAGAACUCAAAACACGCCGCGGCAGCAGAGGCCCUGGCGAAGCUGCGAUUGAACCAGGCACAACGACAGCACCAACACCAAGGGCCCCAGUACGCCCGGCGAAAUCAGCAGUCGGAGUUCUCCGGUGGGCAAAUGGGCAUGAGAAAGAAACAUCUGAGCGAGCUGGUCAUCUUGGAGAAUUCCGAUAACGCCGUGUGCAUCAUCAACGACACGGCUCAGUUCAACAAGGUGACAGCCGACUACAAGUUCAUCUGUUUGCCUGAUCAUCGCUGGAGGUGCGAGGUGUACUUGGAAGGACAGUACGUGGCAGCAGGGGUGGGUGUCAAAAAGCAGGUGAAGCACAUUGCGGCACAGGAGGCCUUAGACACCCUGAGACAGACGCAGGCCGUGGUCAAGUCCAACCUGAGGAAGGAGGGUCACAACGGGGCCAUCUCACGCUCCCAAAUCCUGCGUCGCUCCGGGGAGGAGGCCAUGAAGCAGGAGAUAAAGGAGGACAACAUUGGGAACCAGCUGCUGCGCAAGAUGGGCUGGACGGGAGGAGGCUUGGGCCGAGACGGAGAAGGCAUCGCAGAGCCCAUUAAAGUCAAGGAGCAGUUCUCCAGAGAGGGCUUAGGUAUGGACAGGGACAAGUUGGGGAGCCAGCUUAGCAAACGGGACAUUGAAGACAUAAUCCGCAACUAUGUCAGCUCGGACCGACAGGAUGACCUGCGCUUCUCCACCGACUUGACCAACGACGAGCGCAAGCAGAUCCACCAAGUGUCUCAAAAGUACGGCCUACGGAGCAAGUCGUACGGACAGGGCAGGCAGCGCUUCCUCAUCGUCAGUCGCAGAGUGGACACAAAUCAACUGAUUGGCCAGCUCCUGCAGGAAGGACAAGUGGGCCGCUACGAACUUGUCAAACCUCAGGCUUCGCACUAGUUUGCAUGGCAACUCCAGCUGCCAACUUUCACUACAAAACAAAUCAGAGUGCAACAAAUCCACGUUCGUGAUUUGGACUCUUCAGAUAAAGCCUGGAAGCUUCCUGCAUUCCUUUCCCAAGAAAUGUCUCAGAUCUUUUACAUUUGUUUCCACGACACCUUUACUUUCAUGUCAGCUUGUGCCCAGUGUCUUGACGAGUCAUUAUUUCCUUAGGCACCAAAAGUUUGAGAGACUAUUUCACUGUGUGUAAAACAUGAAAUGCUCAUCGAUUCAUCUAACAAUGGGACUGUGGAACCAUUAAUCUGAUGGGAGUUAAGCAUUUUUUGGGGUGCAACACUCUCCGUUAUGGUAGCACUUUCCAUGGUUAUUGUACAUGAGCUUCGUCUACAUUAACAAAGUGUGUCCCCAGACAUGUCCGUGAAUAAAAUGAAACUGGCUUGA